AUGGGCCAUCUGGAAGACCAAGAGGAUGUGCCACGUCCUACCUGGCCCUCAUAUAGACGUUCUGCUGCUUCUCCUUAUAAUGUCCUAGACGUUAUUCGAAUCUCGUACCCCAUGUUUCGCGGAGUGUUUCAACACGACUCGCAGGAGUUUAUGCGGGCUUUUUUGAGUGAUAUUCAUGACGAACUGAAAUUUAGACCCUUUGACGACUCAAAGUUUCCUUGUACACCGACCCCAGCAGGAUGCACGACAUUGAAUUCAAACAGUGUGACAGAUGGGAACAGGAACCUUUGCAAAAGACCGGCGAAAAACAAACGGCCUAAAAAGCGGAAAACGAGGGUUACGAGGGACGAGAGCCCCGCAAACGAAAGUAGUUCUCCUCUCUCCUCUAGCCCUGUGAUGGACGUCUUUCAAGGUGGAACAGUGACUUGCAUUAAGUGCCUCUCAUGCGAGAAGAUUUUCCAUCGAAACGAGGUCUUCCUGGACCUCUCCCUUCCAAUAGCAACCUCUCAAUCAAAACCAAAGAUAACUGACACAACCCAGUUGCCACCGUCGACCCCUCCUUCACCUCUUCUUCCUCCCCCACCCCCGAGAUUACCACCUCCCAUCACUACCACCGCCGUCUCAUCCUCCUCUGUCGUAACGAGCAGCAAGCAAUUCCUGGGAAACUCGGACUCUGAGGGCUUUUUCUACUGGGCUUCCUUCUACCUUCUCUUAGCAAUAGCCUGGCUCAAGAGCGUCCCUCCGAUUCCUCUGGUCGCCUCCUACAUGGCUCUCAUCACCUCCUGGGUCAAAAGGUCCGCUUUAAGUUGGGGUUAUACCACGCCCGGAGUCGGUAACAACCUAAUUUGGAACCCGCAAAUUGAGUUGGAGGACUGCUUGGACGCAUUUUUUGAUGUUGAUGAACUCUCCGGUGAAAACCAGUACUACUGUGAAAACUGUUCAAGGCACACAAACGGACGGAUGCAUAUGGAACUGACGAAGCUGCCCGAAGUUCUCUGUCUUCACUUAAAACGAUUUCGUCAUGACUUUAUUAACACCUCAAAAAUACAUGCCCCGGUCAACUUUCCCAUGCAGCAUCUCGAUUUGAGAAAGUAUCGCCAUUCUUCCUGCCGAGAUAAGGUGUGCGAAUACGACUUGGUUGGGGUGGUGUGUCACUCGGGAACGGUGCGAUUUGGCCACUACUACACGUACGCCCUCAACUUUGGCGAUGGUGAGUGGUACGAAUUCAACGACUCCUCUGUCCAGCAUGUUGAUGCCGAUACGGUGACUUCCCUCUCUUCUGCAGCCUAUGUUCUCUUCUACCGAAAACGUCAGGACUUCAUCCAACCUAUUCGAGAAAAAUUUACAAUCUCGGAGUCCCCACAGGUGGUCUACAUAAGCGUGCACUGGCUCCUCCGAUUUUCCGAAUUCGCUGACCCUGGACCAAUUACAAACUCUGAUUUCCUCUGCAAUCACGGUGCUCUUCAACCGCUUCUUGCUCCAGCAUUUGACAAACACGUCGCCGCGAUUUCUGAGGAUGUGUGGAAUUUCCUCUCUUCUCAAUUUGGUGGCGGGCCUUUUGUCACUACCCUACAUCCCUGCAAAGUUUGUGUGGAGAAGCUGGAGAUACUAGACGCUCGUCGUCAAGCGGAACGGGAAGCCUUCCAGGAAGCCGAGAAGGAAUCAGAAUUCUUGUUUAUCAUCAAUUUGGACUGGUUCAAUGCUUGGGCUGAUUUCGUCUGCCGUCGGGAAAUCGAGCCACCUGGACCAAUUUCCAAUUCAGUCAUCUUAGAGGUGCCACGAGCGGUGCCUGGAACUCAUCUUACUCAGAAAAAAAAGACAUUUGAAGCAGAGGAGGGUAAAGUGGAGGCUAUGGAUGGCAUUGAAUACGAGCAAGAGGCGGAAGGGGAUGUACUGAGGGCAGACACUGGACUGGAGGAAAUCGAUAACAAGUCAUCAUCCUCCACCUCCCUCUAUCCGGUGAACGAUGAACCCUUUUCCUCUGUCAGAGGUGCAUCUUCCCUUUCUCUAUCUCCAAUGAUGGAAAACUCCCCAAUGGCUGGCACUGGACCACUGGAAAGCGUCUUAUUCUUGAAGUCUCCUCUAUUCAGAGCUUACGUUCAACCACGAUCAGCCUCAGUAGCCUGUUCCAAACCCGAGAGUCCCUUUGCGGGUGACGUGCGCUCCCAAUCGGUCAACGAUUUUUCCCUCUUGAACGGUGAUCGAACCAGCGUGCGGUCCUCCUCGCCCCUACAAUCCAGUGCCUUCGGUGACGCUGCUGAAUGCACUGGGUUUAAUCGGGACAAAAAGAUGGAGUGGGAUGGUGCGUUGCGGGAGCUUAAGGAGACCCUACCAAAUGGAGCUGUGAAUGGAGAGAGGGAAAAGGAAAAAGGAGAAGAGGAAGAGGAGGUGUGCCAAGAGAGUCUUGUGGCAUAA